AUGUAUAUCUUGCGGCUCACCUGCGUGACUUUCAUUGGCAGAACCAAGAAGACAUGUGCAACCACAGACUUUGCCUGCAAAAAUGGACAGUGUGUUCCCGCUAGGUGGCGCUGCGAUGGAGAACAGGAGUGUGCAGAUGGUUCUGAUGAGGCUGACGCAAUCUGCAGCCGACAGACCUGUCCACCGGAGAAGUUUGAAUGUGGCGGGACUGCCAGCAAGUGUGUCUCGUUGUCAUGGCGAUGCGAUGGAGAAAUAGACUGUGAGAAUGGGGCCGAUGAAGAGCACUGUGCCGCAGAUGCCAAGGCCUGUCCAUCCAAGGAUUUCCAAUGCCAUAACGGAAAGUGCAUAGCGCCAAUCUUCGUCUGCGAUGGCGACGACGACUGUGGAGACGGCAGUGAUGAAGAAAAGUGCUCGGUCCCCAGCUGCGACCAGCACGAAUUCCGCUGCAAUGACUCGGAAUGCAUCCCGGCACUGUGGAGCUGUGACGGGGACCCAGACUGCAAGGAUAAGUCGGACGAAUCCAUGGAGCGCUGCAGCAGGAGAACCGAACCCCAGAAACCUCGGUGCAUGGUGAACGAGUUCCAGUGCGGGAGUGGAGAGUGUGUCCGUAUCAACUGGAAAUGUGAUGGAGACGCAGACUGCAAGGACAAAUCCGAUGAGUCAAACUGUCCCGUGCUCACAUGUCGACCUGAUGAGUUCCAGUGUGGCGAUGGUUCCUGUAUCCACGGCACCAAACAGUGCAAUAAAGUCCACGACUGUCCAGACUACAGUGAUGAAGCCGGCUGUGUCAACGUUACAAAGUGCGAGGGGCCAAGGCACUUUCGCUGUAAGAACGGGGAGUGUAUCGACAGCAGCAAGGUGUGUAACAACGUAAAAGACUGCAAGGACUGGUCUGAUGAACCCAUGAAGGAGUGCGGCCUGAACGAGUGUGCAGACAACAACGGUGGCUGCUCCCACAUCUGCAGGGACCAGAGAAUUGGUUUUGUUUGUGACUGUCCAUCUGGGUACAAACUUCUGGACAAAAAGACUUGUGGCGACAUCGAUGAAUGCGAGAAUCCAGAAGCCUGCAGUCAAAUCUGCAUUAAUUACAAAGGGGAUUAUAAGUGUGAGUGCUAUGAAGGUUACGAGAUGGACCCUGCCUCCAAGACCUGCAAAGCUGUGGGAAAGAGUCCAUACUUAAUGUUCACCAACCGCCAUGAGAUCCGUCGCAUUGACCUGCUGAAGAGUGAAUACACACAAGUGGUUCCUACACUGAAGAACGCCGUGGCGCUGGAUGUGGACGUGGCCAUCAAUAAGAUGUUCUGGUGUGAUCUAUAUCAUCGGAAAAUAUACAGUGCGUACAUCAACAAAGCCAAUGACUCUUCGCAGCAGGUGACGCUGAUUGAAGCGCUCCACUCCCCCGAAGGGCUGGCUGUUGACUGGGUUCAUAAGAACAUCUACUGGACCGACUCGGGCAACAAGAGCAUAUCAGUGGCCACGGGAGAUGGCAGCAAGAGGAAAAUGCUCAUCGUCACGGAGCUGAGCGAGCCCAGGGCCAUAACAGUCGACCCACAUCAAGGAUUUUUGUAUUGGUCCGACUGGGGAGAUCAGGCGAAGAUUGAAAAAGCCGGGAUGAAUGGAGUGGAUCGACAGGUUCUGGUGUCUGAGCACAUCGAAUGGCCAAAUGGAAUAACCCUAGACUUGUCCAAUAGGCGUCUCUACUGGGUGGACUCCAAGCUGCACCUGCUGUCCAGUGUGGAUUUUAAUGGAGACAACCGCAGGGUUCUGCUGUCCUCCCAGCAACACUUGGGUCACCCCUUUGCCCUCACAGUCUUUGAGGAUCGCAUAUACUGGACCGACCUGGAGGAUGAAGCAAUUUACAGCGCCAACCGCCUGACAGGGAAUGAUGUGGCUAAGGUAGCUGAGCACCUCAAUAACCCUCUGGACCUGGUGGUGUUCCAUGAACGCAGGCAGCCAAAGGGUAGGCCGGCCUGCAUACAGCCAUGCUUUGCUAUGCAUAUAUGACAUAAUUCGGGGCCUUUUUUUUUUCCAAACAAUGAUUACAUGAAUUUAUAAUUCAUGUUUG